AUGAAUCCUCCUGAAUUCCAUGGUGGGUUGAAUCCUAUGAAGGCUCAGGAGGGGAUAACCAUCAUGGAAAGGAUUUUUCAGAUAGUGCAUUGUAGUGAAGAGAAUAAGGUUGUGUUUUAUUCUUACAUGAUGAAGGGUUCAGCUGUGAGAUGGUGGGAGAGUACUUCGACUCUUAUGACCAAUCAAGGAGUACCUAGGGAUUGGGAGAAUUUUAAGACUAUUUUCCUGGAUAAGUAUUUUCCUAGUUCUUUGAGGACUCAUAAAGAGUUUGAGUUUCAACAACUUAGACAUGGUACUAUGACAGUAGCUGCGUAUUCUAAGAAGUUCGAAGAUAUGGCUGCUUAUUCUAGACAAGCCGCGUAUGCACCGGAUGAGAGGUGGAAGAUUGAUCAGUUUAUUUUUGGUCUGAGGGGUGAAAUUUCUCAUAGUGCUUCUCAAAGGGAAUUCAAAACUUAUGCUGAAUUGUUAAGGAAAUGCUAUGUGGCUGAGAACAGUUUGAAGAAAGUUCAAGAAGAAAGGGAUCAGUAUAGGAGUGGACAGAGAGACCAAGGGAGGCCAAGUAGCCCGUUCAGGCCUAGACCUCAGAGGGAGGGACACAUGUCUAGAGAAUGUCCUCAAAAUAAGAAUCAUAUGCAGGGGAGGAGAACCAGUCGAGUUUACACUUUGGAUGCAAGGAAGGCUAAGAGAAACAAUGCCUUAAUUGUUGGCACGUGUCUCGUCAAUGGUCAUCCUUGUUUUGUAUUAUUUGAUUGUGGGGCGACACACCCUUUUGUAUCAAUUCAGUGCAUGAAGCGUCUUGGUUUGCAAGUAAUUCCCUUGUAUCCUCAUAUGGUGGUUACUACCGCCAUGGAUGAUGUAGUUGAGACACAGUUGAUUUGUGAAAAUUGUUUGCUCUCUCUGAAUGAUAGAAUUUUCCAGAUUGAUCUCAUCUGUUUACCAAAUAAGAAGGUUGGUAUGGUUUUGAGGAUGGAUUGGCUUUCCGCCAAUUCGGUGUUUAUUGGAUGCGAAGAGAAGUUGAUUAUCAUUCCAUCUAGUGAAGCUACUCCAAAGGAUGUAUUAACUACUAUCUGGGAAGGUACGAUUGGUAUGGUUAAUUUCUUAUUUGAGAAGGAAAAGUCAGUUCUCUUGGUACUUACCAAGAAAUCUAGCGACAAUAUGAGUGUUACGCAAAUUCCUAUCGUUUGUGAAUUUCCAGAAGUCUUCCCUGAGGAUCCUCCAUAA